AUGUUCAACUAUCACCACAUGAACUGUUGUCGCUACUUGGUUUUAGCGAUAUUGGUUGUGUGCAGCAUUAUUCGGAUCAAUUCCGAGUCAAUUAAUGCAUCAGCGAGCACGACUUUUACACCGGCGGUCGCAACUUGGUAUGGGAGUCCCACUGGCGCAGGAAGCGGGGGAGCUUGUGGAUUUGCGGAUGACGUGGGAUUUCCUCCAUAUAAUGGCUUCAUAUCCGCAGGAAACAACGUUUUAUUUAAAUCCGGAAAAGGCUGCGGCUCUUGCUAUCAAGUGAAAUGCACGCAACAUUCGGCAUGUUCAGGACGGCCGAUAACUGUAACAAUCACAGACGAAUGCCCGGGCGCGUGUAAUAAUGAUGCCGUUCAUUUCGACUUAAGUGGAAAAGCUUUUGGCUCAUUAGCUAAGUUUGGCCAAGAGAACGCUUUACGGCAGGCUGGGAGAAUUAACAUCCAGGUGAAAUGUGGGUACAAGGUGGGUUUAACGUUUAAGAUCGAUGUGGGAUCUAACCAGAACUAUCUAGCUUUUGCGGUGGAAGAUGAGAAUGGAGAUGGUGAUGUUGGAGGAGUUGAGAUUUUGGGUUCGAAUUCAGGGGCACAAUGGGUAUCUAUGGGGCAAUCUUGGGGUGCCACGUGGAAAGCUGAGUUGGCUAAUGGCGCUAGAGGACCUUAUUCUGUGAGGCUAACUUCUAUUGAAAGCGGGGAAAAGGUUUUGGCGAACAAAGUCAUACCAGCUAAUUGGGCUCCCGGACAACGCUAUCGCUCACGUGUCAACUUCCAUUGA